AAAUCUUUGAAGCAAGAAUACUUUCUAUGGCAAUUAUUUAACAUAGAAAAGGAUGUCACAAAGGCCAAUGAGGAACUUGACGCUGAAGAAGCAGUUGUCAAAGAAAUUGUGGAGAAGCUGGGGGAAUAUGAAAGUGCAUCUAGCAGCCAGAAGAAAGAACUAAGUGGAUAUAUGAAAGAGAUUGCAAUGUACGAAAGGAAGAUUACUGAUAGAAAGAACAAACUUGACAAGAAUCAACCUGAAGUUGUAAAGUUGAAGGAAGAGAUGAAUCGGAUUGCUUCAAAAAUAAAAAAUACGACUAAAGACCUUGAUAAGAAGAGAGAAGAAAAAAGAAGGCAUGCGGAUGAGGUGAAGAAACUUCAGAGUGACUUGAGGGACAUUACUAAGCAGCUUGAUGAAGUGCGUCAGAAAAGUCAAGAAGCAGGCGGAAAACUUCAGUUAGCUGACAGUCAGUUAGAGACAUAUCACCAAAUUAAAGAGGAGGCUGGCAUGAAAACUGCAAAGUUAAGGGAUGAGAAGGAGGUUUUAGAUAGGCAGCAGCGUGCUGACAUUGAUGCUGAGAAGAAUUUGGAAGAAAAUCUUCAGCAAUUGGAAAAUCGGAAGCAUGAGCUGGAGUCUCAGGAGAAACAGAUGCAAACUAGGCUGAAGAAAAUUCUUGAUGCAGUUAAGAAGCAUGAUGAAGAACUGAAACGGGUGAAUGAAGAACAGCGUGAGAUGAAAAAUAAUCUUAGACGGUCCAAAGACAAAUAUGACAAUUUGAGGAAGCGAAUGGAUGAAGUAGAAGAUCAACUUCGUGAACUGAAGGCUGAGAGACAUGAAACUGAGAGGGAUGCCAAAUUUUCUCAAGCAGUUGAAACUCUGAAGCGUUUAUUUCCUGGUGUUCAUGGUCGGAUGACUGAUCUCUGCAGGCCAACACAAAAGAAGUAUAACCUUGCUGUAACUGUUGCAAUGGGCAGAUUUAUGGAUGCAGUAGUAGUUGAGAACGAACAAACAGGAAAAGAAUGCAUCAAGUAUUUGAAAGAACAAAGGCUUCCUCCUCAGACAUUUAUACCUCUUCAGUCAGUCCGUGUAAAGCCAAUAAUAGAGAGGCUGCGUACCUUGGGUGGAACUGCAAAGCUCGCUUUUGAUGUCAUACAAUUUGAUCCCUCAUUGGAGAAAGCUAUUUUGUUUGCUGUUGGUAAUACCCUUGUCUGUGAUGACCUAACUGAAGCUAAGCAUCUUAGCUGGAGCGGGGAAAGAUUUAAAGUUGUGACUGUUGAUGGGAUUCUGUUGACAAAGUCUGGUACAAUGACUGGUGGUACUAGUGGUGGCAUGGAAGCGCGUUCGCAUAAAUGGGAUGAUAAAAAAAUUGAAGGGCUUAAGAAGAAAAAGGAAGGUCUUGAAUCGGAAUUUGAGAAGCUUGGAUCGAUAAGGGAGAUGCAGCUAAAGGAGUCUGAAGCAUCCGGAAAAAUCAGUGGACUUGAGAAAAAGAUUCACUAUGCGGAAAUCGAGAAGAAAAGUAUUGAAGACAAGCUUCUAAAUUUGGAGCGUGAAAAGGGUGCUAUUGCUAAUGAGAUUGGACAAAUCCAGCCUGAACUUGAGGAGUUGAAAAGAAACAUUGAUACGAGGGCACGCGAGAUCUUAUUACGAGAGAAAAGGAUCAAUGACAUUGUUGACAGAAUAUAUAAGAAAUUUAGCGAAUCUGUUGGGGUGAAGAACAUACGGGAGUAUGAAGAAAACCAGCUCAAAGCUGUUCAACAAAUGGCUGAAGAAAGACUUAACUUGCAUAACCAACAGUCAAAGCUAAAAUCUCAGUUGGAAUAUGAGCAGAAGCGGGAUAUGAAUUCACGUAUUGUGAAACUGGAAUCAACUCUUGGUAACUUUAGGAAGCAAUUGGAAGAGAUUGAGGGCAAGCAGGUGGCGCAGAAGUCAGCCAUGGAGAAAGCAACUGAAGAGAUUGAGGGUUACAAUGAAGAAGUGUCCGAUUUGAGGUCUAAAGCUGAAGUGUGCGAAAAGCAUCUGCAGGAUUGGCAGAAAAAGAUUUCUGCUGAGACAACAAGCAUCAGCAAACAUAACCGUCAAAUUAGGUCAAAGGAGGCACAGAUUGAGCAGCUGAAUUCAAGAAAACAAGAGAUACUGGACACAUGUGAAUUGGAGCAGAUACCCCUUCCCACUAUCUCUGAUCCAAUGGAUACUGGAGAGUCGAUGCCGGGCCCUGUUUUUGAUUUCAGUAAUCUGAGUAAAACUUAUCAGCAGAAAAGGAAACCGGCUGAACGGGAGAAGCUUGAGGUGGAAUUUACACAAAAAAUGGCUGCGUUGACGUCAGAGAUUGAAAGGACAGCUCCAAAUCUGAAGGCCCUUGAUCAAUAUAAAGAUCUAUUGAAAAAGGAAGAAGAUGUCACGAAGGAGUUUGAAGUGGCCAAAAAUGAAGAAAAGAAAGUAGCUGAUGAGUAUAAUAGAGUGAAAGAGGCCAGGUAUGAAUUGUUUAUGAAAGCUUUCAAUCAUAUAUCUGGCAAUAUUGACAAG